AUGGAAGAGGAGUUGCCACAAAGCUGGAAAAUAGAAAAGAGAUGGCAGAUAAGUUGGGAAGCUUUAUCUCAAGAACUGAAGAAGACGAGUCGCAUUAUUGCUCCAAUGGUGGCAGUCACAGUGUUUCAGUACCUUUUGCAAGUUGUAUCAAUCAUGAUGGUUGGACAUCUCGGACAACUAGCCCUGUCUAGUGUUGCCAUCGCUACUUCUCUGACUAGUGUCACUGGUUUCAGCCUACUUUCAGGGCUAGUUGGUGGGUUGGAGACACUAUGUGGACAAGCUUAUGGAGCUCAGCAAUACCACAAACUGAGUUCAUAUACUUACACUGCUAUAAUCUCUCUGUUUCUUGUAUGCAUACCAAUCUGUGUGUUAUGGUUCUUCAUGGACAAGUUGCUUAUAUUGACUGGACAAGAUCAUGAAAUCUCAAUUGAAGCGCACAAGUAUUCAUUAUGGGUAAUCCCUGCUUUGUUUGGUGGUGCAAUUUCUAAAUCACUAGUUAGAUACUUGCAGACACAGAGCUUGAUUCUUCCUAUGCUUCUAUCUUCCUUGGCUGUUUUAUGCUUCCAUUUGCCCAUAAGUUGGGCUUUCAUAUUCAAAUUGGAGCUAGGAAACAUUGGAGCUGCUAUAGCCUUCAGUAUAUCCACCUGGUUGUAUGUGUUAUUUCUUGCAUUUUAUGUCAAAUUUUCUAGCUCCUGUGAGAAGACUCGAGCGCCUUUCUCCAUGGAUGCCUUCCUUGGUAUCCGAGAAUUCUUCCGUUUGGCUGUCCCUUCCGCUGUUAUGGUUUGCCUAAAAUGGUGGUCACUUGAGGUGCUUACUUUGCUAUCAGGUCUUUUACCAAAUCCAAGACUUGAGGCAUCAGUGUUGUCAAUAUGCUUAACAAUUUCCACUUUACACUUCACUAUACCAUAUGGCUUUGGAGCUGCUGCAAGUACUCGUGUUUCAAAUGAAUUGGGAGCUGGGAAUCCUCGAAGGGCUCGAAUGGCAGUUCAAGUAGUAUUGUUUCUUGCAGUAAUAGAGGCAGUAGCGUUAAGUACAAGUCUGUUGGGAAGCAGGCAUAUACUGGGAAGAGCAUUUAGCAAUGAAAAGCAAGUGGUGGAUUAUAUUGCUUCAAUGACUCUUCUAUGUUUGUCCAUUGUCACAGACAGCUUACAAGCAGUCAUCUCUGGUAUAGCAAGGGGAAGUGGAUGGCAGCAUAUUGGGGCAUAUAUAAAUCUAGGGGCAUUUUAUUUGACUGCAAUUCCCUUAGCAGUGGUGUUAGGAUUCGUUCUACAUUUCAAAGCAAAGGGCCUUUGGAUUGGAAUAGUGGUUGGUUCUACUAUACAAUCCAUUAUUCUAUCUAUUGUAACAUGUUCCACAGACUGGGAAAAACGGGCAAAGAAGGCAAGAGAAAGGAUACACGAAGGAAGAUCUUAAGAAGCCCAGUGAUACAGAAAUAUGCCUUUUUAUAACAUAUUUCUUGGAUUAGAAAUUAGAAUGGGGCCAUUGCCAUUUGUAAUAGCUACUUUAACUUACACUUGUCAAGUCCUUAAGCUAA